AGCGGUCCCCUUCUUCUUUUGCCGUCAAUUGUUCCCAGCAUUAGGCUCCAAACCUCUAACAUGAUCUAACUAUCAUAUUAUGCAGCCAUUUUACGUCAGUACCUGUGAACAUUUAAAAUGCAAAGCCAGUAGCAUGCAUUUCCUUUAAGGUCCAAUUCAAUGCAUGUUUAACCAGAAAUAAGUCCAUGAUGGCUGGAGAAUGCUGUAGGCCCUUUUUCUGUCAGCUUUCAUAGGGUUGCAUCCCAGCAGUGUUUAAAUAUAGGAAAGGAGCAACAGACUGAAAACUGUGGAACUGCUAAUGCAGCCUCCCCCAUCCUGCUGCUCUCCAGAUAUUUUGGGGAGAGUUCUCUGCAUCCUUCAGUCAGCAUGCUAGGAGAUGUAGUCAAACACAUCCAGAGGGCACCACCUUGGGGAAGGCUGCUCUGAUUGAUUUUAGCAACCCAAACACCUGUGUAUGAUAUGCUGACAACCACUCAGCUGUUUCAACAGAGUUCAGCUCUCUGCCCCCUUCAGUUUCUCAGUACAGCUUCCAUACAGAGUUCCAUUUCACCCUGAGACAUGUACACAUUUCACUGACACUUAUGUAUUCUUGCACAAGCUUGCUGUCAUCUGAAAGGCAAGAAGUACAAUUUGGAAACUGCCCCUCUUGUCUAAUAUUGUAUUUGCAACUGGCAUCCAUUGCUUGUUACUAAGGAACUUAGAAAAUGGGAAAUCUGCCACACUGCGUCACUGCUAACCAAGGACUGGAUCUAGAUUUAGUCAUACUUAAAAUUAAUUGGGACUUAAGUUACUCAGCAUUACUUAAACUAAACCAGACUAAGUCAUACUUAGAACAGACUUAUUGAAACUAAUCUGACAUAAAUUCUGUUGAUUCCCCUGGAUCUGCUCUGCAUUCAAUUGAAGGAAUCACAUGAAUGACAAAAAUAUUACAAUGUGUAACUUUAUGGCAAUAUCCUUGCAAACCCAAAACAAAUAAUCCAAAUCAAUGGAGACAAACACUUGAUGAAGGGUAUAAUUUAUUAUUUACUUGAGCUUAAAUUCUAAAUUAAUGAGUACACACCACAUUUUGAAAAUUGUUAAUCCAGAAUCCUCCAUUUCCUCACGAGACUCAAACUUCUUUAAAAAAAUGUAUGCAUGAAAAUAUAGUUGAAUAACAUGGAUUCUAAAAUGAAACACUUCCUGCCAUAUAAAGGUCUUUGGAAAUGUGAAACAAAAAACUGAAAGGAAAAUCUGACUCAUGUCAUAAUUGUCUACUAUUUACUUUCAGCUGUAGCAGUCUGAUAUGGCUCAAAAAGAAAUAGAGGUAUUAAUUGCUAGAGACUUGGUCUUCACAGAAUUUUUCAGAUAUUGAAAGGACUAGUCCACUAACAAUUUAGAAGUUUUCUGCAUUUUGAAGCUGUUUCUGAAAGUCUGGAAUUGAAUAUGGUGCAUUGUGGCUGACAUAAAAGCAUGACUUUUGGAAUAUAUAUGCAGAUGAAUAUUACAGAAGUCAGUGAGGAGCACCGGAAUGUCCAGUAAGGAGAAUUCUGCUUAUCAGCGGGAAACCAGUUGACUUUUAUCUGAGGGAAUCCUUCCAGGGUGGGAGUUAACAAGCUCAAACAGGAGAUGGAGUGUGUAUUGGUGUCUUAUCUAGACCAGGCAGUUCUUUCGUGCCACUUCCCAGGCAGCCAAUCAAGGGUGCUGCAUAGUAUAAGCUAUAGAUUGCAGUUCUCCUAGUCAUAGCCCACAAGAAGCAAGAAAUUACUGUGUCACCCAUCUAAAAUGGAACUUGCAGAAAGGCCUCUUUCACAAAGGGGUGUGUGAAAAAUCCUCCCAAGCGGUUUGGUAACCAGCUAGAUCUUCUCGUGUACUGAGGAACACUCAGUGAAUCCUGCUGAAAAUCAACACAGAUAUUUAAAAUCUAAAAUAAAAGAAUGCCAAGCAGUGAACAGAUUGGUCUCUUCAUGUGUUUUGGACUUGAAAAUGGUCACAUGUCGAGGAUUACUGAUACUUCUGUUCCUUGAAGCCAUUUCUGCAAACUCCUGUUCUCACCACUGUGUGUGCUUUCCACCAGAUCACAAACCAGUAAGAGUGAACUGUAGCUUCAGAGAGCUGACAACACUUCCACUUCUACCUGAUUCAACACAAGAACUGUAUCUCCAGGGCAACAAACUGGAAACAAUACCUGCAGGAGCGUUUGAUAACCUUCAAAUGUUGAACAUCAUCAAUUUAUCAAGCAAUCUAUGGCACUGCGACUGUGGGAUUCUGUACUUGAAAAACUGGUUGGAAGACCAAGUGGGAAGCAGUGACAUCAGUGACAUUAAGUGUUUCACUCCUUCUUUGCUUCAUGGAACGUCCAUAUCUGCACUGAAAAGGAGUGAACUUCCUUCCUGUUCUACACCCAAAAUACUUUGUUCAGAUUUCUUGUUCCAUGAUGCAUUCAUCUCCCUUUUUGUCCUUGCUGUUGUUCUGAUUUGUUGUGUCUUGAUUGCCCAAAGGAUGAAAUUUACAGUAAAGAUUUGCGACAGUGGUACAAAGAUCCCAGAUGUAUCAUCUUCAGUCCCUGAUACGCUGAGAAGAAGAAGGGAGAGAGUAUCAAGCAGAUCAUCAGCAGGAAUGCCUGCCAUGGACUAAAGGUCAAGUGAAUUAUUUCUGUUUAUCAUUAAAAGUCAAGUGGUAAACUGAAAAGAAUGGCUAUUGUUGUCUUUAAGGAAUGGGAAUGUAUCAAGUAUAUGUGCAACUUAACAAAUAAUUUUAGGGUCAAGUCCAAAA